AUGAAGUUACUGAUUCUGAUCAUGACCUCUCACCCCGAGUUUGGCGAACGAACUCCUGGCUCAGUAGUUGCCAGAGUUUUUGAAGACUCGAUCCGGGGACGUACCAUCUUGAUCACGGGAGUGAGUCCGAAGAGCAUUGGGGCUGCUACAGCUCUCAAUCUUGCCUCGCAGCAUCCUGCUCUUCUUAUCCUUGCUUCUCGAACAAGACAUCGCGUUCAGGAGAUUGCCGACAAGAUCCAGCAAGAUCAUCCAGGCACCAGAGUUGAGAUUGUGCAGUUGAAUCUGAGCUCCCAGAAGUCUGUCCGCCAGGCCGCUGCCGACGUAGCUGCCCUCACGGACAAACUGGAUAUCCUGAUCAACAAUGCAGGGCUUUUCGUCACCUCUCGCCAAGCAACAGCUGAGGGUAUCGAGAUGCAAUUCGGUACAAACCACAUUGGGCCUUUCUUGUUCACCAACCUUCUGCUUCCCCUUCUCCGCAAGGCAGCUUAUAACACCUCUCCCGGAGCGACUCGCAUUGUGACAUUAAGUAGCGCCGGCCACAGAUUAUCCCCGAUCCGCUUCUCGGACUAUAACUUUACGGGGAAGCCAGUUCCUCCCGAGGAGGAGCAUGUGAAGCCUCUCCAGGGAGCAUUUGGCAGGUGCACCUCCGAUGGGUACAACGGGAUCGUCGCCUAUGCCCAGUCCAAAACGGCCAAUAUCCUCUUCACGCGUUACCUCCAGCAACAUUUGCCAAAGUACGGGAUCGCAGCCUACGCUCUGCACCCGGGAACCAUCCAAACUGAUCUCAGCCGUGAUCAAGAUCCAGAAUUAGAGACGGCCUUUUAUAAAGUGGCUCCCUAUUGGAAGACUCCUGACGAAGGAUCAUCGACGACACUCGUGGCAGCCUUGGAUCCUGCCCUGAAUGAAAUCAAAGGUCUGUAUCUGUAUGACUGCCAAUUCCGAGAGCCCUUCAGUCAUGCUAGCGAUCCCGUCGCUGCGGAGAGACUCUGGAAACUGAGUGAGGAGCUGGUUGGAGAGACAUUUGCCCUGGACUUUUGA